UCACGACUGAUAUCCUGCUCAACAGUAUCUGUAAAAUAUGGUGGACAUUUUAUUUCUGUUACUUCUCUUCUGCCAGGUUGCAUUGCCAGUGACUCACAGUUUAAGACUUCUCUUCACUGGAUUUUUGGGAGAAGAAAAAUGGAUGGAGUUUGUUGGAGUUGCAGUGGUCAAUGGAUUUGAGGUGAUUUACUGCAGCAAGAACAGCAUGACAGCUGAAACCAGACAGGACUGGGUGAAGGAAGUAAUACAGUAUCAUCCAACAUACUGGUUCACAAAUGAAUGUCGUGAGAAUCAAAGCUUGUUAAGUCUCAACAUUGAAGCGCUAAUGAAAAGCUUUAACCACACAAAAGGUGUUCACACAUUUCAGAGGAUGUCUGGCUGUGAAUGGGAUGAUGAGACCGGUGAGGUGAAUGGUUUUAAUCAGUUUGGUUAUGAUGGAGAAGACUUCAUUACAUUUGAUUUAAAGACGGAUACCUGGAUUCCUACAAAGCCACAGGCUGUGAUCUUCAAACAAAAAUGGGACAACAACAGAGAGGCAUUAUAUAGAGAAAGGAAUAAUCUCAUCACAAUCUGUCCUGAAAUGCUGAAGAACUUUUUGAACUAUGGGAGGACACUCCUGGUAAAACCAGUUCUUCCCUCAUUUUAUCUCCUCCAGAAGACUCCUUCCUCUUCAGUCACCUGCCACGCUACAGGUUUCAAUCCUAACAAAGUGAACAUGGUCUGGAGGAAAGAUGGAGCGGAGAUUCAUGAGGGCGUGAACAGAGGAGAGAUCAUCCCCAACAAUGAUUGGACCUUCCAAAUGAGUGUUGACCUGGAAAUUUCAUCAGUCAGACCUGAAGACUGGGAAAGAUAUGCCUGUGUGUUUCAGUUCUCUGAUGUGAACCAGGAUAUCGUCACCAAACUGGACAAAGCAGUGAUCUGGACCAAUAAGGUUUCCCAUUGGGAUCAUGGAAUAACUUUCAAUCGUGUAAAAUCAAUUUUGCAAAUUAUCGGAGGACUUCUCUCACUGGGAUUGACCAUCGCAGGAUGCUUCAUGUGCAACAGAAAAAGGAAUGGAGGUGCCAGCUCCUAGCCUGCCUCUCCACCUGGAUUAGCCGAUCCCACGUCCUAGCCUGCCUCUCCACCGGGGUCAGUCGAUGCUGGGACCCUGUCUGCUUCUCUCACCAGAGCCUACUUUUCUAGAAGCUCGAGUACCUGAACCAUUCUUCCUCUGAAUCAGCAAUGCUAUUAGCAUCCUUCGUGGUGAGACCCAAACUAACCAGAAGUUGAGUUUUUUUCAACUUCAUAUUUGGCUUUAUUAGGUUCUUCAUUUGUUUAUUGUUAACAUUUAAUUCCCUGUGCUUUGAUUUAUUUUAGCCAUUCCAUUCUUGUGGAUCGUGAUUUUUUAUAUUUGACUGAGUUUGUAUUCUUAAUUUUUUUAGGCACUUUCUGGGAGUUUGUGUUCUUUGUAUGUUUUGCUUUUCUGUUUAGGUUUUCCUAUACACAUUUAUAUUCUUGUUGCAUUUUGGUUUUCCACAGAGAACUUUUGUAUUUGUAUAGUUUUCUCAGACUUCUCUUUGUUCUUUAUAGUAUUGUAUCUCAAUAAUCUUCUGAGUUCAUUUUUUACUUUCUUAACUGGGGCACUUUUGUCUGAGUUGGACUUCCUCCUCUCUUAAUUAUCUGAUUGUGCUCACCUGUCUCAAAUCUCACAGGUGCUUCCUCUCCCUUUGUAAACCCCUACACGCGUAGUUACAGUAUAUUGCCUGAGAUGCCCUUUGUCUCAUUUUACUGUGUUCCCUGACUGCUUGCCUUAGUUUAUUCCUGGCACUCCUAGUGUUCUCCUGCCUUGUUUGAAUGUUUUUACUCUGAACUGUUUCAUUAGCCUAAUAAACGACUUGUUUUAUUUCCUCCUAGCUCUCUGCAUAUUUGAUUUGUAUUUGGAUUGUCUUCUCUAUAUAUUCCAAAUAUUCUGUUUGUUUUCUUUUUUAUUGUUAGACCUCAGUGAUUAGUUGCCCAGUGUUGCCUGAUCAGAUAGGUGGUUAGUAAAUCUCGUGGGUUUAAAUUAUGUUAGGUGGGAAAAGAACAGUUCAAAUUGUCAAGGACAAACGGCUGAAUAGCUAAGGUGGACCCAGAGCAGAACCCAAGACACAGCCUUAAGUUUCUCAGUCUUUAUUGCACACAAACAGGUGGAGGUGAGCACAGUGGGUGGUGGGAGCUUCCUCAAGGGGUUUUCUUCCAGGUCUGGGGAGAAAAGAGCUCCACUAAAGAAAGAGAAGCAUUAGAUCCAGAUCAAAAGAGAGUGCUGAAAAUGGUGAGUGAGACCUGACAGGUGAGUUUGAGCUUACUUUGAAACUCCAAGCUUUCCAGAGGAAAGGAACAGGGUGCAGGUUAAAAUCCAGGUGAGUAAUCUAAGUGGGUCUUAUGUACAAACCAGGUUACUUGACCGUGAGGAUAGAAGGCAGGAAGCUUGUCAGCUGGCAAAAGAAACACUAGGAACAAGGUAUGACAAAUAAUAGUAAGAACUCAAUGUAGUUACUCAGAAAACUACCUUUGGCCGGUUACUAUUCAUCCAGUGAACAACUGUACCUCUUAUCGUGACAGUGAACAUGCCAAUCAGGUAUGCACCGCUGAAGAACAGGAAAUCCAAAGCUCUCCCUAAAAGGGAGGAUAGGGCCUGCAGGAUAAUCCAUUUGGAGGAGAGAUAGAAACUACAACAAACACAUGCCUGCUAUGAUUUAAAUGCCCAAAAGUGUAUCUAAAUUUUUGACCACAAACUGUAUCACCAGUUAAAAAACAUUUGGAGCAUCAUGAAACCA